AUGAAGAUCUUCAUCAUCUUCGCCUUGAUCAUGGCUGCUCUGUUCAGUGCCGUCUGCGCUGACAUGGUCACCACCUCCACAACCACCUCUACACUGACCGUUACUGUGUUCUACACCGACACUGUCUCUAUCGACCCCGCUACGAUCUCGUCUGGUACCGCCUCACCCACACCCGCCUUCUCUUACGACCCCGAUCCCAGCUCCGGUCUCGGAAGCAACCUUACCUCCAACGAGCUGAAGAGCAUUCACGUCAAGACCGUCGAACUGAUCUCAACUGUCUUCUCCACCCAAACCGACGGUGUGAUCGCUACCUCCCUGAGUACCGUCACCCGCCUCUUGAACGUUACCUUGACUAGCACUGAGGUCCUGGAAGUGACUUCGACUUCCACCAAGAACGUCGGAACCACUACCGGUACCACCAUGAUUACAACUUCAACCAUCACUAUCCCUGCUGCAAGUUCCAUUUCUGUCGAACAGUCAAUUGCUCAGAUGUGGGGCUUGAGCAAUGGUGGUGACCUCGUUCAUCCUGGUCCUUGGUUGGCCAUUAGCGUGGUCCUUCUCGGAGCCGCUCACUACAUAUUCUUCGCCCACCAUUAG